AUGGGUACAGGUCUCUUGGCUUCGGUCGACCCAGAGGACAUUCUCAGCAAAGACGUCCGCGGCCUCACUCUUGACCAAGUUGCUUACCUUGGGCAUUGUCUGAUCGAAGUCACUCCAGAAACAUUCCAAUCCAAUCUUGCGUUCUUGCGUCAGAAUUUCUCCAAGCUCGACAUAUACCUCGAUGUGCGGAAACUGAAGAGCUGGGACAAUGUUAUUGACGUCCUCAACAAUGGUGCAUCCAAGAUAUUCGUCACCUUUGAGCAACUGAAAGCUCUGUCGCAAGAGCCUACCAUUUCCGCGGAUCGCCUUGUGUUGACUAUCUCCUUUGUCAAUCCGAAAACCGAUAUCGCGAAACUCAAGACUUUUCUUGAUGAGAAUCCACAAUGGAAAACUGCGGAAUGGGCAUUCGAUGGCGACAAAGGCAACGAGUAUGUGGAUAGUGUAUUGAAAGAGCUGGACAAUUAUCCUCCAAGCCAUGAUCAAACAAUAUUUGUCUCGGUCGCGAGCGAGACUGAAGGAAGGAACCUAUUGCACGAGUAUCCCGGAAAUGCUCUGAUUGUCUCCUCUACAAAGUUGACCUUCGACCCUUCCAAGGAGGAAAACAAGGGUUUGAUCCCUGCGGUAGAAUUGAUCGUCGCUGGGGCCACCGCGGAUCGCAAGACGGGCCUCUAUGCGACUACAGUAGUUGAUGAGCGCGGUGUUGCGCUGGGCUUGGUUUGGAGCAGCAAAGAAAGUAUUGCCGAAGCACUCAAGACCGGAACAGGCGUCUACCAAAGUCGAAAACGGGGUCUUUGGCACAAGGGUGCGUCGAGUGGGGACAUCCAGGAACUCAUCAGUAUCGGUUUCGAUUGCGACAAGGACUGCUUGAUUUUCAGGGUGCAUCAGAAGGGCCACGGCUUCUGCCAUCUUAAAACAAUGUCAUGCUGGGGCAAGGUUUCCGGGCUCUCGAGGCUCGAGCGUACAUUGCAACAACGCAAGGUCGACGCGCCUGAAGGCUCUUACACUGCUCGACUGUUCAACGAUCCGAAGCUUGUCAAUGCGAAAAUCAAAGAAGAGGCGGAUGAGCUUUGCGUUGCUGCUUCCAAGGAGGAAAUUGCCUCAGAGGCAGCUGACCUGCUGUACUUUGCCCUUGCCCGUUGCAUUGCCGCGGACGUCACCUUGGAAGACAUCGAGAAGAAUCUUGAUUUGAAGAGUCUGAAGGUAAAGAGACGAAAAGGAGAUGCCAAACCACAGUAUGUCGAGGAGACACCUAUCGGUGAAAAAUCACCUCCCGAAACCAACGGCAUCGGCGGCCACAAAGAUGAAGAAGUCAAGGAGGCCGCAUCUAUUCCGAAAGGCCCCUUAGAUCCUGCUGGUAGGACAGAAUCUGGCCGGAUACAGCUGAAACGAUUUUCUACCUCGCAAACUUUCUCAGACGACAUCUUGAAAGCCGCUCUACAACGACCUUCGCAAAAGUCCAACGAGAAAAUCAUGUCACUUGUCCAUCCCAUUAUUGCUGACGUUCGUGCCAACGGCGACUCUGCUGUCUUGAAAUAUACCCACAAAUUCGAAAAAGCCACCGGCCUCAAAUCCCCUGUACUAAAAGCACCUUUUCCUAAAUCGCUCAUGCAACUUCCUGAAGAAACCAUCAAAGCGAUCAACACUUCAUACGAUAAUAUCCUCAAGUUCCAUUCUGCCCAGAAACCAUCAGCACCGCUGGUUGUGGAGACAAUGCCCGGCGUGACCUGCUCCCGGUUUUCGAGACCGAUUGAGAAGGUUGGUUUGUACAUUCCCGGCGGAACCGCAGUGUUGCCCUCCACGGCGCUUAUGCUUGGUGUCCCAGCCAUGGCUGCAGGAUGCAAGAACAUCGUCCUUGCAUCGCCUCCGAGAUCUGACGGCACCGUCACACCGGAGAUCGUGUACAUCGCACACAAAGUCGGAGCGGAGGCCAUAGUUCUGGCUGGCGGUGCUCAGGCUGUCGCCGCCAUGGCCUACGGAACAGAAUCUAUCACAAAGGUUGAUAAGAUUCUGGGGCCAGGGAAUCAAUUUGUCACCGCCGCGAAGAUGAUCGUCAGCAACGAUACCUCCGCCGCAGUAUCAAUUGAUAUGCCAGCUGGUCCGUCUGAAGUGCUAGUUGUAGCGGACAAAACAGCCGACCCAGCCUUUGUUGCCAGUGACCUUCUCAGUCAAGCAGAACAUGGCACAGACAGCCAAGUCGUCCUAAUUGCCGUUGACCUGAACGAGGAGCAACUCCAAGCGAUUGAAGAUGAAGUUCACAAGCAGGCACACGAACUUCCCCGAGUGGAUAUUGUUCGGGGGGCAAUCGAACACAGCGUGACUAUCUCAGUGCCCACUCUCAAGGAAGCAUUAAAGUGGUCGAAUUACUAUGCACCUGAACAUCUCAUUUUGCAAAUCUCUAACCCUCGCGCCGUGCUCCCCGAUGUUCAAAAUGCAGGUUCCGUGUUCCUCGGAGGUUGGACGCCCGAGUCUGUCGGCGACUACUCCGCGGGCGUGAAUCACAGCUUGCCGACAUACGGCUACGCGAAGCAAUACAGCGGUGUCAACCUCGGCAGUUUUAUGAAGAACAUCACGAGCAGCGAAGUGACGGAACAGGGUGUCGGGGAAGUAGGCUACGCAGUCAUGGAGCUCGCCAGAUGUGAAGGCCUUGAUGCCCAUCGACGAGCCAUGGAGAUCCGUUUGGAGAAGCUUGGACUGGUCAAGAGGAACGGCGUGCAGACUGAUGACCUUCCCGUGAAUAUUGAGAACGCUGAGCCAAAAGCUGUCAUCCAUAAUGGGUCACCAGAAGGGAGCCUCAAGUCAGCUGCUGUCAGUACGAAGGGGGAUCAAGAUGGUGCGGCCACAAAAAAAUAA